AUGACAUCUCAUUUACAUGACUUAACCUUUGUCCAUUGCCACCCUGGAACCUAUGACUUAAACAUGUCAACCGACAGAUCGAAACUACACCAUCUGGUGCCGGCCCCCUGGGGUAACAAUCCAGUUGGUGAACGGAGUCAACCCGCAAUGCCACGACGAGUCCGACCCAAAAACGCAUCUCGCGCAUGCAACGAAUGUCAAAAACGCAAAAUCAAGUGUAUCGGUUCCAAUCCUUGUAAGAACUGUCAUGAAAACUCUCUAUACUGCGAAAUCAACGACGAGACGGACGGGCGGCGGAGAUUCGCUCUUAAACGAAAAGUAGAAGACCUCGAGCAGGAUCGGCAUAUGUUGCUGGGGUUGAUUGAGGCAUUGCGUGAUAACGGGUAUCAGGCUGGGCAGCUGCUCGGUUUGAUUCGAAAUAAUGCGUCUGUUGACGAUAUUCGGAGUGUGGUAAGUAACCGGAUGGAGAGAUUGUCGCUCCGUAUACCGAUAUCUACACCGGAAUCAAGUUGGGGCAUGCCAUCACCCUCGACGUCGUCAAUGAGUCCGAUGCCAUCGAGCAGCCAAGUGGAGAUGCAUGCAUUUCCUUCAAUAUCGGACUCAAAUUCACGCAAUGUUAUGAAUAUCGACCGAUUGACGGAUAUUCCCUUGUUCGAAUUAUCGGCCAAACCAUGGACAGAGGUCACGACAGAUGACGGGUUUGUGUCUCAUUUGAUAUCUUUAUGGUUGACGUGGGAUCAUGUCGUUCGAAACUGGAUUGAGAAGGAUCUGUUUAUUGCGGCUAUGAAGUCGGGAGAUGUCAAUUCUCCGUUUUGCUCGCCCUUUUUGGUCAAUAUUAUUUUGUCACAAGCUUGCAGUUAUUCGAGCUAUCCAGAAGCAUUCAUCAACCCGAACAAUCUUAAUUCGCGCGGACAGCACUUUUACAAUGAAGCCAAGCGACAUCUGGAUGCGCUAGAGGGGAGGAUCAGCUUAACAACAGUGCAGGGACUGGGUAUGCUCUUCAUGUGUACAUGCAUGAUGGGUAAAGAUCGGGUCGGCCAUAACUACUUCUCUCAAACAAUCAUUUCUAUACGCAAUUUGGUGGGACGAGCCAAUGAAAUCAUCGCGCAGGCUGGAGCACAAGCAGAUGCGAUGGAACGAUCGAUAGGGCUUUGUGCGCGGGGAAUAUUCAGUUUCUUCACUCUCGCAGACCUCGCACUACAUACCCAAAUCUCAAUGCGACCUCCCAAACGAGCAUAUCUGCCUAUCGACCACGAUCCUACAGAUACAUGGACGACCUACCCGUACCGAAGUCAACGUGUCCCGGCACAUCGAAAUUGUGUACACAACCAGUCAUUCGAUCUUCACCUCAUCAUGUACGAAGUUAUUCAAUUCUUGAACGCCGGAGCACAGGAUGAGCAGACGCGAAAUUCACGUUCAUAUUCCAAGGUUGAACGCGUUACAAUCUCGUUUUACGAGCGAUUGACACAUUGGUCUCGCUCUUUGCCUGAAUGUCUCAAGGAAGGACAAACUUGGACCCCGGCAGUGAUAGGACUGCACAUGUCCUAUCACGUCUACAUAAUCACAAUCUUCAGCUAUCUCAAAGUCCACCCUUCGGCACCGGCAAGUCUGGCUUCAAGCGCACAACAACAAUGCAUCUCAUCCGCACUAGCCGUACGCGAUUUGAUGAACACCUACCGCUCCAAAUGGCGACGGAUCGAGUACCAACCCGUGGAAUACAUGCAAUUCAUCGCCGUGUGCUUGUUCGUACUACUCGAAGAUCUCGAUGCUCCUAGAAGCAGCCAAGCGUUUGUCGAGUUAUCGGUGAUAGCGCGUUCAAUGGCUCGUCGAUACCAGCUUGCUCGAGGGAUCCUGCGACUGGUUCAGUUGUCUGGACGAGAGCAAAAUAUUGUUUUGCCGGAGGAAGCGCAACAACUCUACCAGGAAUUUGAGCUGGAAUGGUUCCGCUUUGGAGGCGUGGAGCAGUUUAGUAGUUCCUACCCGAACUUUUCACUUUCGAUGCGGUCGCUUGCGGCGAGUAAUAGUUCGCCCCCUGGUGGCAGCGACGAUGGCAACGACGACGGCAACAGCACUAAGCAGAGAAACGAUAACCAACCGAGCUUGACGUUGAGUGGUGCUGAGCUGGAUUUGUUUGUGAGGCGGUGGGACGAUGUAUUGAAGAUUGAUAAUGAGAUGUGA